GACUUUGAACACUAAACUUCCAAAAUGCCACGAGAAGAGGGGUCUGAAAACCAAGAAGGUGCGAUUUCCUUCGAAACUCUACGAGACGAGGGUCAGCAUUUCGUCCACGUACAACAGUUUGAUAAAGCUAUUGAAAGUUUCUCAAAGGCCCUUGAAUUGAAGCCAGAAGAUCAGCACUGUCUGGUCACACGCUCCAAGUGCUACCUGCAGGUCGGUAAUGCAGAGGCGUCCCUCGCAGAUGCUGAGGCUGCUUUGGAGCAGAACAAAGCGCUGAUCAAGGGGUUGUUCCAAAAGGCAGAAGCCUUGUACCAGAAGGGUGAUUUUGAGACAGCCCUCAUGUUUUAUCACCGAGGACACAGACUGCGGCCAGAGUUGCAAGAGUUUCGGUUGGGAAUCCAGAAAUCCCAAGAGGCCAUCAACAACAGCAUUGGAACUCCUGAAUCUGUCAAGCUGGAGGCAAACAAAGGUGACAUGUCAUAUUUCUACAAACAGGAAGAGGAACAGAAGGCAAAGGCCAAAAAGCAGCAGAAAGGGUCCUACCAGAAGCCCAUUGCAAAGAAAGAGGAACGCAAGGAUCGUGAGGCCCCUAAAGGGUCAGCUGACGCCAAGACAGUCAAACAGCUUCUUGGGGAGCUAUAUGGAGAUAAGGAAUAUCUAGAAAAACUACUCAAGGACCAAAGUCUUACAGGCAACAACAAACGCAACGACAUGAGUCGCGAGAUAAAAGACAAGGUCUGUGAUGGGCUAGAGUACCUGUAUGCGCGGGCUGAUUUCUGGCGCCAACAGAAGCCCAUGUACGCGCGCAAACGCGACAAAGACCUUCAGAUGGAGAAGAGAGCGUCAAGACGAGGAGUGAGAGGGUCCAUGGAGAAAGUGCUGACAAACCUCGAGAAAAUUGAAGAAUCGCAUGUACAGUUUAUGGAACAAAUAAUUCCAAAAUUGGAAAAUAUUGAUCAAGCUCAGAAUGAGGGCAAGUAUCAGGAGAGCCUCGACCUCGCCAAGAAGACUCUGAAGCUGGUGGAGAAUGCUUCUGAUGAGGAAGUCCAGAAUAAACCGGAGUUGAUUGCCAGUCUCAACAGCAGCAUCGGCAAUGCCUACCUUGAGAUGAACAAACUUAACCAGGCUAUGGAGUUCCACCAUAGGGACCUGGACAUUGCUCGCGAACACAAUUUGGAAGACGCCAAGUCUCGAGCGUUGGAUAACCUCGGUCGUGUUUACGCAAGGAAGGGUGACUAUGAACAGGCUAUUGAAGUGUGGCAAGAGAAGAUACCUACCAGUAAAUCCGCCCUGGAAAGCACAUGGUUAUACCACGAGAUAGGCCGGUGCUAUUUAGAACUCGAAAAAUACCGCGACGCUAAAGAUUAUGGUGAGAAGUCGUUAGCUGCUGCACAGGAAGCAGAGGACGAAGGCUGGCAGCUUCACGCCAGCGUCCUGGUAGCACAGUCUGAAGUUAAACUUGGUCAGAAUGAAAACGCAGCUAGUUCGUUCGAAAAAGCGCUCGAGUUGGCAAGACAUCAAAAUGACUCGGCAGCAGAAGAUGCCAUAUCUAAAGCCUUAGAAGAGAUCAACAACAAAAUAGUCCAAGGAGUCAAGGCAGAUGGGGAUGAAGGCACUUAUGAUGAAGAUUUUGAGACAGAGAGACGAUCACCCUCUCCCAAACCAAAGCAGGCCACCCCUCCAAAACAGGCCUCACCCAAGCAAACUACAUCACCCAAACAUCCUUCUCCAAGCCAUAAGUCUGUGACUUAUGCAGAACCAGAAGAAGAAACUCCUCCUGCUGAAGAAGCAAACAAAGACACAACAAACGUAGACCAGAAACAGAAAGAUGGAGAUUCAGAAGCUGAAGCUGUUGAUUAA